AAUCCAACUGGUUCGGGAUGCGGCGAAGGUUUAUAAACGCCCGCGAUACCACGGUACGGCGGCUAGUAGUGAACUGGUAUCCAAACGACCAAGCGAACCUCAUCCCGAAAUCGAAUCAAACUGGAUUUUCCCCCAAAAAAAACCCGCUGACUGGGGACGACACGGCGAACAGCAUCUCAACUGUGAAACAUCUUCCAUACACACAUAUAUGAAUAAUAGGUGAAGCUACCAUCAACAUCAGUGCAUUUUGAACGUCUAGUGUGUGUGGUUGUGUGUGCGUGUGUUGACAACUCCACGGAUGUAGUGCGCAAGGAGUGAGAGCAGUUGCUAAUUAUUGCGUUUUUGGUCCCCCAUCCCGGGAAAGUGCGCCCAAACAGUGUGCCUUGAUGUAAGCCCAUCUCUAAGGUGAUGUCCUGCGACUAAGAAGGGGUUAGUUACUAGUGACUUGCCAAACUGUACCUUGCCGAAUGAGCAACACCCUUCCCGGAUCCCCCUUGACGUUGCCCAGUGAGUGAGAGACUAAGCGAAGAUUGAUUGUGAUUGUGGAUAUCCUGAGAGUACCGGGUAGGUGGGUGUCUUCCGCAACGUGACAGACGGGGAAAGGAUUAGAGAGAGAGAGAGAGAAGAUCGCAUCGUACCCGGCAGUACACCUCGGAUAGUCAGAAAAGCUGUUUGCAGCCAACGUUCCUGCCCUGGUGACUAUGAAAGAUCUGGCCGAUCUACCAACGACGCUACAGCAACUCAACACUCAGCGCCCGAUCAAGAGCAAGCGCAACCGAUGGAACGUGGCAAUUUCGGACUUCGCCCGGCUCACCCAUAACCCAAUCCGUGCCAUCGUCGAGGGACUCAAUAUCGAACCGAACCCGAACAAGCCCCUGAUCGCACUCUCCAUAGGCGAUCCGACCACGUUCGGGAACCUCAAACCCUCGCCGGAAACAAUCGACGCGAUCCGUCAGGCGAUCGAGGACGGCACCGGUAACGGGUAUGCGCCCGCGAACGGCCAUCUUGAAGCGCGCGAAGCGGUCGCCCGGUACGUCCAGCAUCAGGGCCCGGUCACGCCGAACGAUGUGAUCCUGUGCAGCGGUUGCAGCAGCUCGCUGGACCUCUGCAUCUCGGUGCUCGGCGGUCCGGGGAAGAACAUUCUGAUCCCGAAACCGGGCUUCUCGAUCUACCGCACGCUGGCGGAAGGGUUCGGUAUCGAGUGCCGCACGUACGAUCUGCUGCCGGAACGGAACUGGGAGGCCGAUCUGGUGCAGCUCGAGCAGCUGAUCGACGAGCAGACGUGCGCACUGGUCGUCACGAACCCGGGCAACCCGUGCGGCAGCGUCUUUCCCCGGGCCCACCUCGAAGCGAUCGUCGACAUUGCCGAGCGCCAUUUUGUGCCGAUCAUUGCGGACGAGAUAUACGAGCAUUUCGUCUUUCCCGGGCACGAGUUCCACGCGGUCAGCUCGCUGUCCGGCCGGGUGCCGGUGCUGUCCUGCGGCGGGCUGACGAAGCGCUUCCUCGUGCCCGGCUGGCGCAUGGGCUGGAUCAUCGUGCACGACCGGGAAGGGGCGUUUGCGGAGGUUCGCCGCGGUCUCGCGAAUCUCUCCGUGCGCAUCCUCGGCAGCAACACGCUGGUGCAGCGCGCUCUGCCGGCCAUUCUGGACAACACACCGAACGACUUUUUCGAUGAUUUAGUGGCGACGCUGCAUCGCCACGCUGAGAUGGCGUACAAGGCGAUCAAGCAGAUACGCGGCCUCAACCCGAUCAUGCCCGGUGGCGCGAUGUACAUGAUGGUGGGCAUCGACGUCGAGCACUUUCCCGAGUUCGAAACCGACCUGAGCUUCGUCGAGGCGCUCGUCCACGAGCAGAGCGUGUUCUGUCUGCCUGGCCAGUGCUUCGAGUAUCCCAACUACUUCCGGCUGGUGCUGACCGUGCCCGAGACGAUGAUUGUCGAGGCGGUGAAGCGGCUGGAGGAGUUCUGCGAGCAGCACUACAAGCUCGACAACGACAUCCUGCUGCAGCAGCAGAACGGACUGCUCAAUCAGAUGACACUGCUGUGAAGGGCUUCAAGACUUCUUUAUAAGUGUCGUUACACACCCCAACAGACACACACACACACAUACACACGUAACAGAACAAUGUGUUAGCGAGAGCAGAGACAGAUAUUCUCUUCAAAUGUUAAGUACGUAAGCUAUCCUUCUGUCUUGGGAAAUAAAGGUGAUUUUUUUCAAUUUAUUUUUUUCAAAA